AUGUAGUGAUUGGUUUAGGUAGGUCGGCCUGGGCCCCGGCGGAGGUUACGCCUUCCCUCAUCCCCGGUAGAGGCGGGGCGGGACUGUUGUGGUUGAGAUGAAGGCUAGUAAAUGGUGAAGUACUUCCCGGCCAGAGGGCACCUGCGCUCGGGAGGUUUGGGCGGCUUGGCGUCGGAGGAGAGCCCCACCCGCGGAGGAACCCAGCCUUGCCAACGGAGCUGGAGGAGCUCACUCCUCAGGUCAGGCGGGCGGCGUAGAAAACGCAGCGGAGCCAGGUGAAACCAAGGCACCGCCGUGGCUGGCCCCCGACAGUUCCUCUAGCCGGGAGGUCGGAGGAGCUGAAAACGCCGCGGAGCCCUCGGCCGCCCGAGCAGGGGCUGGACCCCAGCCCUUGCAGCCUCCCUUCUCCUGGCACCCAAGUGCAGUCCUGGUUGCAGAAGGGGCCGCGGGCGUACUGAGUUUCCAACCUCCAUUUCAGCCUGUCUGUCUCAGGGUGCAGCCUUAAUAAGAGGUGAUUCCUAAGCUGCUGGGAACCUGAGGCUGUCAAAGGGGCGGCAGGAAAUGAACAGCAGUAUAAAACCCAGAAGCAGAACUUGAAGGUUAAACCACUAGCCCAUUUCACAGAAUGUUUCAUCCCUUUGUGGACCAAAAGAUGGAGUUGGUUUUUAUUUUUAAAAAGAUAAUGUUAAUGAUCUGAUACCACUACAAAUAUUCACGUGAGAAGAUUCAUGGACUUGUCUUUUGGUUGGACUGUCACUCAUUUCUGAAAGUUUCUUCAGCCACAAUUUCUAUUUGAAAAUUCAAGUAUCAAAGGAUACCAGGUUUAGAAUGGUAUAAUGAUGUAUUUUGUCUGAGGACUGCAAAUUUUAUAGAGACCACAGUUGGAUUCCAGUGAUAUUCUGCAAUCAAAGUGAUUUGAUAAACCUAAUUUUGAAGCAUUUUAUAUUUAUAAGCGACAUCAAAAGAUGGGAGAAAAAAAUGGCGAUGCAAAAACUUUCUGGAUGGAGCUAGAAGAUGAUGGAAAAGUGGACUUCAUUUUUGAACAAGUACAAAAUGUGCUGCAGUCACUGAAACAAAAGAUCAAAGAUGGGUCUGCCACCAAUAAAGAAUACGUCCAAGCAAUGAUUCUAGUGAAUGAAGCAACUAUAAUUAACAGUUCAACAUCAAUAAAGGAUCAUAUGCCUGUGACUCAGAAGGAACAGGAAAACAAAUCCAAUGCAUUUCCCUCUACAUCAUGUGAAAACUCCUUUCCAGAAGACUGUACAUUUCUAACAACAGAAAAUAAGGAAAUUCUGUCUCUUGAAGAUAAAGUUGUAGACUUUAGAGAAAAAGACUCAUCUUCGAAUUUAUCUUACCAAAGUCAUGACUGCUCUGGUGCUUGUCUGAUGAAAAUGCCACUGAACUUGAAGGGAGAAAACCCUCUGCAGCUGCCAAUCAAAUGUCACUUCCAAAGACGACAUGCAAAGACAAACUCUCAUUCUUCAGCACUCCACGUGAGUUAUAAAACCCCUUGUGGAAGGAGUCUACGAAACGUGGAGGAAGUUUUUCGUUACCUGCUUGAGACAGAGUGUAACUUUUUAUUUACAGAUAACUUUUCUUUCAAUACCUAUGUUCAGUUGGCUCGGAAUUACCCAAAGCAAAAAGAAGUUGUUUCUGAUGUGGAUAUUAGCAAUGGAGUGGAAUCAGUGCCCAUUUCUUUCUGUAAUGAAAUUGACAGUAGAAAGCUCCCACAGUUUAAGUACAGAAAGACUGUGUGGCCUCGAGCAUAUAAUCUAACCAACUUUUCCAGCAUGUUUACUGAUUCCUGUGACUGCUCUGAGGGCUGCAUAGACAUAACAAAAUGUGCAUGUCUUCAACUGACAGCAAGGAAUGCCAAAACUUCCCCCUUGUCAAGUGACAAAAUAACCACUGGAUAUAAAUAUAAAAGACUACAGAGACAGAUCCCUACUGGCAUUUAUGAAUGCAGCCUUUUGUGCAAAUGUAAUCGACAAUUGUGUCAAAACCGAGUUGUCCAACAUGGUCCUCAAGUGAGGUUACAGGUGUUCAAAACUGAGCAGAAGGGAUGGGGUGUACGCUGUCUAGAUGACAUUGACAGAGGGACAUUUGUUUGCAUUUAUUCAGGAAGAUUACUAAGCAGAGCUAACACUGAAAAAUCUUAUGGUAUUGAUGAAAACGGGAGAGAUGAGAAUACUAUGAAAAAUAUAUUUUCAAAAAAGAGGAAAUUAGAAGUUGCAUGUUCAGAUUGUGAAGUUGAAGUUCUCCCAUUAGGACUGGAAACACAUCCUAGAACUGCUAAAACUGAGAAAUGUUCACCAAAGUUCAGUAAUAAUCCCAAGGAGCUUACUAUGGAAACGAAAUAUGAUAAUAUUUCAAGAAUUCAAUAUCAUUCAGUUAUUAGAGAUCCUGAAUCCAAGACAGCCAUUUUUCAACACAAUGGGAAAAAAAUGGAAUUUGUUUCCUCGGAGUCUGUCACUCCAGAAGAUAAUGAUGGAUUUAAACCACCCCGAGAGCAUCUGAACUCUAAAACCAAGGGAGCACAAAAGGACUCAAGUUCAAACCAUGUUGAUGAGUUUGAAGAUAAUCUGCUGAUUGAAUCAGAUGUGAUAGAUAUAACUAAAUAUAGAGAAGAAACUCCACCAAGGAGCAGAUGUAACCAGGCGACCACAUUGGAUAAUCAGAAUAUUAAAAAGGCAAUUGAGGUUCAAAUUCAGAAACCCCAAGAGGGACGAUCUACAGCAUGUCAAAGACAGCAGGUCUUUUGUGAUGAAGAGUUGCUAAGUGAAACCAAGAGUACUUCAUCUGAUUCUCUAACAAAGUUCAAUAAAGGGAAUGUGUUUUUAUUGGAUGCCACAAAAGAAGGAAAUGUCGGCCGCUUCCUUAAUCAUAGUUGUUGCCCAAAUCUCUUGGUACAGAAUGUUUUUGUAGAAACACACAACAGGAAUUUUCCAUUGGUGGCAUUCUUCACCAACAGAAAAAAGGCAAAGAGUAAGCACUUUGCCAUAGGUUACUUGGCCCUGAUGAUCUAUCUAGUGGAAAAGAGGACUGGGAAGCCCAAGCAGACUGGGAAACCAGACAGCUAGGAAAAGGAGCAAAACAUAGCCCAGCAACCUACAGAUGAAGAAAGUUGAGAAAUCCAUUUAUUCACCAUAGAGACGCAGGAAUUUCAGGCAAUGCACUAAAAUGAAGUGGGGGGAAAAAAAGCUUGAUCAGUAUGGGAACUAUUUUUGUGCAAAAGGGAAUAUUAUGGAUCAGCCAGUAUUUCUUUGAGCUCUGCCUGUGGAGUCCAUUUGACCUUUAGAAAUAUGAGGUAUUCUGUCAGUUUUAUCUUCUUGGAGAAAUUUCUCCUAAAAUCUUGAUUUGCUUUAGUCUGGACUGGUUCAUAGCCAUCAUCUUCCAUCAGUACCCCAGAGAUUCACUUUGUCUCUUAUGUGGGAUCUGUUUCCAGUUAGAUCCCAUUAUUUUCCUUUUCCUUGGUUUACUCUUCCACGUAUUGGUAAAGCUCUUCCAAUAGCUUUUGGAAAGGAAAAAUGUAAAGUAAAUGUUUUGAAUCUCUGUGUGUUUGACAAUGUCUUUAUUUUACCCUUAUACUUGAUUGCUGUUUUGGUUGGCAAGGUAUAGGAUUCUUUAGUGGUCUCCAUGCCCAGUUUUGAAGACAUCUGCUAGCUUUCAGUGCUGUUGCUGUGGAGUCUGAAAAUCUGUCUUCUGGCUUCUAGGGUGACUACUGGAAAUUGAAUGCCAUUCUGUUCCUUCUCUUUUGCAUAUAUAAUCCAUUUUUAUCUCUCUUGAAGCUUAUAGGUUUAUCUUUGUCUCAAUGUCCUGUCCCUGUUAAGAGUCCAUUUUCAUCCUUUGUACUAGGUGCCUGGUGGGAUCAUUCGGUCUGAAACUAAUGAUUUCCCAUCUCUUCUCUGUUUCUGGAAUUCCUGUUUUCCAGAUGUUAGACCUCCAGAAUUUGAUCUCUAAUUUUCCUAUCUUUUCUCUUAACUUUCAGCUCUGUCUUCUUGCUAGGACCUUUUCCUAGGAGCAUUUCUCAAUUUAAUCUUCCAGUUCAUCUGUUGCAUUUUAUUUUUCUAGUCUCAUAUUGUCUCAUAUUUUUAAUUUCUAAGAGCUCCCCUUCUCCGAAUAUUCUUUUUUUUAAUAGCAUCCUAUUUUGGCUCAUGGUUGCAGUAUUUUAUCUCCUUGAAGAUGUUUGUGUGUUUAUGUAUGUAUAUGCACACACGUAUACAUACACAUACAUGCAUGCAUCUCUGUAUUUCGGCAUAAUCUGUGUCCUCCAGGGUUUGUUUCUUUGUUUUCCCUGUAUGUUUGUUUUGGUCGUUCACAUUAUAGGCUUUCCUCAGAGUUAAUGGUCUUGGUAGUCUACUCAUAUGUAAGUGUGGAACACCAAAAAGCUUAACUGUAAGCUGAGAGUGUGGUAAAGGGCUCUUUGUUUUACCAUGACCUACCUGAGCUAUCUUGCUGGGGAACACCCUAAUGUCAGUCUCUUUAUAAAGGGCCUUUCAUUUUGGCCUGGCAAGAAAUACUCUUUCAUCCUCCUGGGUGGAGGGCAAAAAAAAAAAAAAUUGGCUGCUAGGGUCUGCUCACUUCCCUGAUUUGCAGACCCCACACUCUUCUGCAAUUCAUUUCAUAGUUGUCAAGACUAUACAAAUUGUCCUUUUUAAUGUUCUCUCUUCUGCUAUCCCUAGUUGGCAGUCUUCCUCUUUACAACCUGCUGAAAGUGGAAGACCUCCAGUUUUCCUUUGAUUAAUUCCUCAGCAAACCACCAACUAUUAUAUGUCUUUUUUCCAGAACAACUUAUUUUUUAACUAUAAUUAUAUGCAUUUAUGUUAGAUUCACUGACAACCUCAUCUUGUAUGGUGCUCUGUACCCUAUGGGUGCUAAAUAAAGGCUUGCUACUGGCAA